AUGACCGCCCCCACACCCAAGUCGGCGCUCGCAACAAUGCCGACACCCAAUAUCCCUGCAUCCGAAGCUGUCGGCCACUGCCAGAGCGUCGCAAUUAUCGAUGCUCCACUGCAAGAAGUCUGGGAUACUCUCAUGGACACCUCUACCUUUCCCUCAUGGAAUCGAUUCGUCCCUGCCGUGACUAUCCGAGAGCACUCCGGAUGCGAAGGGGGCGAUCUCUCCCCCGUUCUCCAGGCCGGGACGAAGAUGACGUAUCACGUGAACAUGAAGCCGACCAGCUCGUCCCAGCCACAGCGUGCACAGGCGAGCAAUGAUACUCCAUUGGUCGUGACAGAGUGUGAUCCGCCCAGCGAGAGCAAGAAAUUCGGUCGCAUUGUUUGGGUUCUUGAUAAGCAGGCGCAAGGUCGCAUCAUGUCCUCACUGUUGGCGGCGGAACGGGUCCAUGAGUUCGUGGAAGUUGAUAUUCAGGAUGAACAGGGACAGAUGAGAAAGGGGACGGAAGUGCGUAACUGGGAAGCGCAGAAUGGAGCCCUGGCGUAUGUGGUUCGCUGGAUGGUGGGGGCUCAGCUGGAAGUAAAUUUUGAGGUGUGGUUGCAGGAUCUCAAGGAGUAUGUUGAGAAGCAGACGAAGGCGCGGGAAUAA